AUGAAUCUCAGAUUGACAUUGAUAUCACUCUCUGUCAUCGUGGCAUCAAUAGCAGCCGAGUCGUCGUCAUCAGAAGCCUCUGCACAUGUCGAAUCAACAUCAGCUACAUUAGCCGAAUCAACUAUCAAGUCAGAAACCACAGCAGCUCAAACCACAGCAGCUCAAACCACAGCAGCUCAAACCACAGCAGCUCAAACCACAGAAGCCCAUACGACAACUUCUGUGAUAGCUACGACUGCUAGUUCUGCCAUCAAGACAUCUGAAUCAUCGGCUUCUAAAUCAUCUUCAUCAGAAUCACAAACAUCAAAAGCCAUCACUUCCUCCACCCAAGAAGCAACAUCCAUAACAUCCACAACAUCUCCUGCCUCUUCUACUUCUGUGCAAUCCAAGGAAAAAUCCAGCACAACCCCAAGUGUUGUCACCUCAGAAAAAUCUAGCACAUCCAUACUCAGUAUUACUUCUGAAACAGCAGCACAGGUAACGGCAAUCUCAUCAUCCUCAUCACAAUCAUCUAAGAACACCGAAACUCUUUCUUCAGAUUCCGGCAAAGGAACUCUGGUUAUUUCCACCAGUGCUGCCGCUGCUACUCAAUCAACAGCUAGUGCUGCUACCUUAUCAACCAGUACAAGUUUACUGGGUAAGCAAGCCACUGUGAUCAGUUCUUCAGUAACUUUAUUCCAAGCUGGAUCCUCCGCUGGCUCUUCUUCCACGUUAAAAACUGAAUCUUCUUCUGUGAUAAAUGCAGGAUCUUCAUCUACCCGGAGUGCGGGCUCCUCUCCUGCGCAAAGCACAGACUCUUCUUCUACCCUAAACACAGGCUCCUCUCAUGUGCAAAACACAGGCUCAUCUUCUACGAUAAAUACUGGUUACACAACAUCAACAGAAUUAUCAUCUAAAAUUUCAUCGGCUUCCUCAUACUAUUCUCUAACAACAGACCUUGAUGGUUAUGUUCAUAGUGUUCUUGAAACAUCAUUAAGUACAGACACUAGCUUUUCCAGUUCCACCUACAACACCGGUUUGCCACCAAGCAGUGCAACUGGCUAUAUUACCUAUGUUAACUCACUUGGUCAAACAGUAACUUCAGGCAGUACUGGCGUGACAACAUCAGGAAAUCAAAUUUUGGGUUUAUUUGAUGGUAUGCUUUCUACCAUUGGUAGUAUUGUUGGUCUUCACGGUGAUACUACCAAGACUACAUCAAGCGAUUUGGCUACAAAAACAACCUCGGAAUCCUCUAGUUUUGGAUUGAUUUCAUCAAAAGUAACCUCAGACUACACAUCGGAACAUGGUGACAGACAUUCCAAAACUACCUCCACCUCUGGAGAUUUUUUCUCUAGUGUGACCAGCAUUGCUAACAGCAUCUUCAGCGAUGUUACCAGUGAUGUUGCUAGUGUCGUCAGCGAUGCCACCAGUGAUGCUAGAAGCAUAUUUAACCAUGUUACCAGUGAUGUGGCUAGUGUUGCCAGUGUUGCCACCAGUGAUGCUAGAAGCAUAUUUAACCAUGUUACCAGUGAUGUCGCUAGUGUUGCCAGUGAUGUUACCAGUGAUGUCGCUAGUGUUGCCAGUGAUGUUACCAGUGCUGUUGGAAGUAUUAUCAGCGAUGUCACCAGUAACUAUGGCCACUCAAAGACUCAUAGUACCAAGGACCAUUAUUCCACCAGUUUGGAAACCUCCAGCACUGCUAACAAUUGGUACGCUUCCGAAACCUCCAGCACCAUUCAGGAACAAACUACUUCUGAUAAACAUGGUCACAGCCAUACCAGUGCUCAGAGCACCUAUUAUAGUCAAGCAGUCACAUCAUCCUCCCAAAAUGAUUACAGUGACGCGGAUUCCACUUCUUCCUAUGCUCCUAUUUAUACCAGUAGUACUGCCUCUCACACUGUCAUUAGUGUUUCCUCCCCUACCACAAGUGGCGAUAGUGUGGUUAGUUCUAGUAGUAAAGAUAUGAGCGCUGCAACCUCGUACCACACUGAGAGUAUUCAACAAGCGACAACCUCCUACCAUACCGAGAGUACUCAACAAGCAACAACCUCCUACGACACUGAGAGUACUCAGCAGUCAACAACCUCACAAGUCAGUUUUAAACAAGUAACUACCUCACAAGCCACUAAUGAUCAAUCAUCAUCAUCUGAUUACAUCGUCUCUUCAAUUGUUGAUAAUGCUGACACUUCCGCUGCAAGUAGCACCAUUAAUGCCAAAACCUCAUCAUCCACCCACGAUGCUAGUGAGACCGUGAAAACUGAAGCAGAAGCUAGUGCUACCUCUUCCUCAAGAUCACAAGUGAGCUCUAUUGUUGUUUUCAGCCCAACUUCAGAUAGUUAUGUGGCUCUGACGGUUGCCGCUUCUGCAUACUCUGCUGCUCAAUCUUCUGAUGAUUCCAAAACUUCUGUUGUGGAUUCAUUGACUACCAAUCACGCAGGGUCUGUUUCUACUAUUUCCCCAUCUCUGAGCUCGAACUGGCUUCCAACCACUCUUCAAGUUGCUUUGAGUAGUAGUGCUGUAUCUAGUGAUGAUUCCUCGAACCAAAUCACUGCUAUCAGUUCUGGAGCUACAGAAACUUCUGAUGCCACAGUUUCUCACUCCACCAAGACUGAUAAAUCCACUCAGACUUCCAGUGCUGCUGCCCAGCUCCCUAAUGCCAUCACCCCUGCUAUUGAAGCCACUGUCGAGCAAAACUAUACCGUGAUCACCAUUGGUUUCAAAGCUAGCUUGAACUAUCCAUUUGUCGUCGAACAUUCUUUGGCAUCUGCCCAAAUCUUCCAGUACUUGCCAGGGGUUUUGAGUUUUGUUUUCAAUGAUAAUGAUAACCAAGUUUCCGUCAAACAAUUGGUUCCAUUCCAAUCUUCUGACUUGGAUUAUAUUGUCACAAUUGCUGAAGUUUACUUCCCUAAAGACUGGGUCAGCACUUUGAAUCAAUCAAUGCAAAUCACAUAUUCAAACUUCUACUUCAAUACCGAUGCUACCGAAAAUGCUUUGGCUCAAUUGGUUGAUAUUAGUAUUCCAUUGGUUGGUUUGGAAGCCACCGGCACUAGCUCCUCUUCAUCCUCCACUUCCACCUCCACUACCGUUGCGUCUGCCCAAGAAUCUGCCGAGGCUGGGUUAAGUAAUACCUCUACUGGAUCCUUCGAUUCUGUCCAAAAUACUCAAAAAGCUACCAACCCAAAGCUUCGUGCUGUUGUCUCGUCAUCUGGUGUUUCUGCUGCAGUUUAUAUUUCAGUAUUGUUGGUCGGGUUCAGAGUGUACAAGAAAAAGAAUGGCAUGAACUUCUCUUCCGACAAGGAUGGUAAUAUCAUCUUGCCAAUUUCUGAGCGUGGGGUAGUUGAUUUUGAAAAACAACUUGCUCCAGAAGUAUUGGUGAACCCUGAAUAUGAAGACCCGGCUUUGCAAAGAAGAAUGUCAUAUCAAUCGAUGACGUCUUUUGCUACCUUUGGUGGUGGUUAUGCUGAAACCAUUCCAGACCAUGAUGCGGGGGAUAUUUUCAGUAUUGACGAAAUGGACCAGUAUGAUGAUGAGGCAGCAAUGAUUCAAGAAGUCGAGGCCAUCAUUCCCUCUAUUUCUAACCCAACAUCUAUGAACAGUUGGUUCUGA